UAGUAUUUUUAUAUACUGCUCGUUACAAGGCACAGCUCUCUGUGACAACUCUGAAACCAUGGCCAUCUUUAAACUUAGCCUCUCCCUUGUUUUGCUUGUUCUUCAUGUUGUGCAAGGAAACGCAAAGAGUACUUCUGCUGGUACUCAGAGUACUUCUACUGCUGAAAGCUAUCUUUUGGAAGACCUUAAUGGUUACAGGAUGUCACUACAUCUCAACAACUUCACUGAGAACAGCAAUGCAGCUUGCCUAGCUAAUGAAAUUGCAGACCAGUUACAGAACGAAACUUGUAAAAACGCCUUUCACUUCAGCUCUACUCCAGGCACCAAGCCUAAAGUCCCCAAAUUUGACAAGUUCUUGGAUAAUUGUGACAUAAAUGACAACAACACAGUCGAUGGGGUCAUAUUGCCUGUUUGUGUGCCUAGAUUAGACCCAUUUCUGGUGUUUUCUAAUUAUACAAAAUCUCAAUAUGCAAAAUAUCUGAAGGAUUCAAACUACACUGGGGUUGGGAUUGGCUCUGAGGAUAUUUGGAUGGUGGUUAUUUUGAGCACGAACACAUCAACCGGAAGCUUUUCUGGUGCAGCAUCUUUGAUUGCAAAUAUCAGUAUGGGUAACUAUACAUUGGCUUUGUUCCUUGGAUUGCUCUUGUUGUUUAGGUGAGCUGAAAUGCUCCAGGUGCUUGUUAUUUAUAUACAGAUUUACCUUCUUCUUGUGUGUUUGCUGUGUAAAGUUGUGAACUUGCCAGGGAUUGUUUCUCUUUUUGUAACAUAUUAUGAUUGUAAUUGAGCUUAUUUCUUAUGGCAAGUUCAUUCUUGCUGAAUAUGUAAGAACCGCAUAACAAACUUGUGCAGUACAUGAAUAAAACAUGGAGUUCCAUUCC